ACUUACUUACCAACUUGCAGCCCAUUUAUUGCGCGUGCAUUUUUCUGCAUACUGAAGCGCAUUAGUAGCCAUUUCGUGGACAACGUCAGGGCUGCGGUCGACGCCGUGAAAAUGCAUAAUACCUUAGCACUUCUGCUUAUAAAACCAAUGCUCUCACCGGUUCAGCCUCGGCCAGCGGUGGUAAGGGCUCACAAUGCCCAAAAACAUCAAGCAGAGGUUUGAGCUUAUCAGAGUCAUCAAGCGAGCUAUGGCUACAUCAACAAUAGGAGGGACAGGAACAGAUUCAAGCGUUGUGGCUCUGACGGUGCAGCCGAGCUUAAGCACACUCAACAGCGAGUUGCCCCUUGUGCCGAGCGAGGCUGCGAGCAGCGAUCCGCAGAGCAACACUAGUACUGCAAAGGCAAAUGGAGACAAGCACGGGCGCCGGGGGCGGCCCUCUAUGUCGCCAGACAUCCGCGAGCUGUUCUCGAGGCAACUGUGGUACCGGGAAACCAAGCGCCGGCUGAAAAAGUUCCGCCCCAAGGACGUCUGGGCGACCCUCAUUCAGGAGCGCUGGACCAUCCUGGUCACAGGGAUUUUCGCAUCGGGGCUCUUGGCGCUGGAGCUCACAGCGUGGAGCGAUCUGUCCACGGACGCCUGGUUCACGCUGUGGACCACCUUCGCGGCAGUGGUGCCCAUGAUCCGCGGCGUGGUGGACGCCGACGUGUGCCUGUUCGCAGCCUCCACGCUGCUGCUGCUGCGCGGCAUCAUCCAAGCGCGCGACGCCUUCGCGGGUCUGGCCAACGACUCCAUUGUGUCGAUUGCGCUGAUGAUGAUGAUUGCCGCGGGGCUAGAGAGCUCGGGCGCGCUGGAGUUUGUUCCAGAGCUGGUGCUGGGCCGGAGCAAGCGGGAGUGGGUGGGCCAGCUGCGCAUGCACAUCGCCGUGGCUAGCGUGUCUGCGGUGAUGAACAACACGCCCCUUGUGGCGGUGAUGAUCCCGGUGGUGGAGUCGUGGUGCCGCAACAACAACCACCACCCCUCGCGCUUCAUGAUGCCGCUGUCGUACAGCGCCAUCCUGGGCGGCCUGUGCACCAUCAUCGGCACCUCCACCAACCUCAUCGCGCGCGGUCUGGCGCAGCAGGACGACCCCAAGCUCAAGCUGCCCUUUGUAGAAGUUGGCAUUAUCGGCCUGCCGCUGACGGUGGCCGGCGGCAUCUACGUGGUGCUGUUCUCGCCGCUGCUGCUGCGCAAGCGAGACACGAUGAUGGCCGCCGUGGUGGCGGACCCACGCGAGUACGUGGUCAGCGUGCGCGUGGACGCGCGCUUCGCACACAUAGGCCGCACCAUUGAGUCGGCGGGCCUGCGCCACCUGCGCGGGCUGUUCCUGGCGGACCUGCAGCGGCAGGACGGCGCCACCGUGCCCUCGCCGCCGCCCACCACCAUCAUCCUGCAGGGCGACAAGCUCACCUUUGCGGGCGACAUCCAGGGCAUGCAGCACAUCCUGUCGCUGCCCGGCCUCACGCCCAUCAGCUCGGCGGACCUUGCGGCGGACCUGGAGGAGACGGUGGCGGGCUCGCCCAGCAGUGACCGCAUCAUGGUGGAGGCGGUGGUGUCGCUGAGCAGCCCCAUCUGCAACAUGACCAUUCGCGACAGCCACUUCCGCUCGCGCUACGGCGCAGUGGUGCUGGCGGUGCACCGCAACGGCGAGCGCAUUGCAGGUGGCCUCGGAGACAUUGUCGUGAAGGGUGGUGACACCAUGUUGCUGGAGGCGGGGCCGGACUUCCUCCAAAAGUACAAGCACUCUACGGAGUGGGCGCUGGCUGUGGAUGCCUUCCGGGUGACGCUGCCUCGUCGCGACCCGCUAGCGCUCUUCAUGUCGUUGGGCAUCUUCAUCGCGCUAAUCGUGCUCAACAGCAUGGACGUGUUGCCGCUGUCCACCACGGCGCUGGUGUGCCUGUUCGCGUACCUGAUCACCGGCGUGCUGACGGUGUCGCAGUGCCGUGCCGCCAUUCCCUCGUCCAUCCUGCUCACGGUCGCGGGCGGCUUCGGCGUGGCCAAGGCCAUGACCGUGACAGGACUGGCGCACCGCCUGGCCGGCUCGCUGCUGAACGUGUUUUCGUGGAUGGGCCGCGCCGGGCCUGUGGCCGCCAUCUACGCCUCCACCAGCCUGCUCACGGCGCUGCUUAGCAACGGAGCCGCCGUGACACUCAUGUACCCCAUCGCCCGCGACCUUGCAAAGCAGGCCGGCGUGAGCAUCAAGGGGCCGCUCUACGCGCUAAUGAUCGGCGCCUCGUCCGACUUCUCCACGCCCAUCGGCUACCAGACGAACCUGAUGGUCAGCGGUCCCGGCGGGUACCGCUUCCUGGACUUCACGCGGUUCGGGCUGCCGCUGCAGUUCGUUGCGGCCCUCAUCACCGUGCCCAUCUGUGUCCUGUACUUUGAACCCCGUACUUAGUAGCAGCCGAGGGUCUAGCGGGCAGGCGGUCGCUUGGAGCAGUAUUGGCUUGAAGCCCGGGAACCUAGCAGAGAGGCGCGAACAGAGCAGCAGGGGAACAGCUGCUUGCAUGGCGGUGUGGUGCUGUACUGAUAUUAUAGGAUGGAUGUUAACGGUAGAGAGGAGGUUCGGGAGUUGGCGCUAGGCAGGAGGCGAAGGGAGCACGCGGCCCAUGUCGUGCGCGCGAGCGUGGGGGCUCGGCCCUGCUCAUCCUUUCGGUGUGCAUCUGUACUGUAGGACUGGAAACAGGCGAUGCGUUGCACACGUGUGCGGUGUACUGUAUGCUGCGGAUUCCUUGCGUCCGCUAUGUCUAGUGGAAUGGCAUGUGCACUGAUUUCGCGUUCUGUGUGCUGGAGGAUUGCGGUCCGCAAAACGGCGACGCAGCGAUCGCGAGGAGGAGGCUGGCUUCAAGCGUGCCCGCCAAUGAAGCCCCCCAUCCAUGCUUGGCACGUGCUUAAGUGGGGCAGCUCUAGGGCUGAAGUGCUCUAGGUGGUGACGAAAGUGCACGGGUAUUGAACGGGAUGUUUGCGGGCGAGUGAUGGAGAUGGGCAUGGUCUGACGGCCCUUGGGCCGUAGACUCGGGUGUGAGGCGAUAAGAGGCCAUUGAGGCGCCUUUCGUGGACUGUGGUGACGGAGGCUUCUGACGCUUCUGAUAGUCUGGUACUGAGCAACGGAUGAGGCGCACACGAUUGGGGCAUGAGAUCAUGCACUAUGUAUGUAGUGCAGGCAUACGCAUUAAGCAGGCGCAGGCGCACCGCCGCACCGGCAGCGCUACAGCAUGUGGGUAGGAGGGCACAACAGGAGGUUUUGAGCAGUACGGUAUGGCACAUUUAAUGUCAAGUGCUGUGGUGGUGGACACUGGAUGUGGCAGCAGUCUCGGUACAUUGACACACAAGGACUCUGCUCCAUAGAUGAAGAGGAGUCGAGGACGAAGGGCGAAUAAGUCCGACUCGGGGGCAGGAGACUGGCUAGCUGCUGCCAGUCCGUAGUAACGGAGAGGCUUCUGAAGCUUCUGACCUCAAGCCCAGCCGUGCAUGGAUGCGGAGGACAUGCUUUGUGUCUCGGGCUCGGGGCGCUGUAAAUAUAC